GGCUAUCUAGUCUCACUUCUUUAACUCGACUUGACUUGAGCAAGGUGAUUAAUCUGAACCAUUCUCACAACUGGCUACAAAUGAUUGGGAAGCUUCCAAACAUAAGAGAAGUCAGCCUCACAGGUUGUAGUCUAUCUGAUGAUAAUAUCAUUCCCUUGACACCUUCAAAAUGGAAAUUUUCAGAUUCUCUUGCUAGUUUCGAUCUUUCUGACAAUGGUUUCACAUCGUCCAUUAUAUUCCAGUGGCUAUCCAAUGUGAGCUCAAACCUGGUUGAGCUUGAUCUUAGCAAUAACCGCUUACAAGGUCUUAUCCCAAAUGAAUUAGGUAAAAUGACUUCCCUAGAGUAUCUAGACCUUUCUGAAAAUACACUACAUGGUGGGAUACCUGAAUCGUUUAGGGAUGUAUGUAGCUUACAGUCCUUGACUUUGAAAUAUAACCUUUUGAAUGAAGAACUUCCUAAAAUACUUGGGAAUUUGUCAGGGUGUGCUAGGCACUCUCUGCAAAAUUUGGAUCUUAGCUGGAACCAAAUCACUGGAACAUUAUCUGAUCUUUCCAUAUUCACCUCUUUAGAGACUUUAAUCCUUACAGAAAAUAGUUUGAAUGGGUCAAUUCCUGAAGGCAUUCGAUUCUCAUCUCAGUUGGUCACUUUGUCCAUUCAUUCCAACUCUCUGAAAGGCGUCAUCACUGAGUCACAUUUUGCAAAUGUGUCAAACUUGAAGACACUAGACCUUUCUUACAACUCAUUAACAUUGAAGUUUGGGAAGAAUUGGAUCCCAUCUUUUCAAUUGGAUCAGAUAUUUCUUAGAUCUUGCACGCUAGGUCCUGAUUUUCCUGAUUGGUUGCAUACUCAAAAUAACUUCUCUGUUCUUGAUAUUUCCGAUGCUGGAAUAUCUGAUACUGUUCCACAAUGGUUUUGGGGUCUAUUAACACCAAAUUUAUUGUGGCUCAACGUUUCAUACAACAGCUUAUGGGGCACAAUUCCAAACUCCCCAGUAAGAUUUUCUAGCUCUCCUGAUGUAUCUCUAGCUUCAAAUCAAUUUGAAGGCUUAAUUCCAUCCUCUCUACGUAGUGCUUCAGUUGUUGACUUGUCCGCAAACAAGUUUUCGGAAUCUUCUGCCUUUUUAUGUGAUAACAGUUCAGCAGAUGUGUUGGCCUCAUUGGAUAUAUCGAGUAAUCAAUUAUCAGGUAAACUUCCUGAUUGUUGGAGCGGUUUCACAUCAUUGAUCUAUCUUGAUUUGAGUAACAAUAACUUAUCAGGAAAAAUUCCAUCUUCCAUUGGAUCUCUUCUUGCACUUCAAGUAUUGAUCAUGAGAAACAAUAGGUUUAUUGGGGAGUUGUCUUCGUCUUUGAAGACUUGCACAAGCCUUAAAAUGCUAGAUGUGGGGGAAAAUAAAUUGUCAGGACCUAUACCUUCAUGGAUAGGAGAUGAAUUACAACAGUUACAGAUGUUAAGCUUACGAAAUAAUUGCUUUUCAGGAAGCUUACCAUUGCAUCUUUGUUAUCUGACAAGCCUUCAACUCUUGGAUCUCUCUCUGAAUAAUCUGUCUGGGCAAAUUUUCAGAUGCUUGAAGAACUUUACUGCAAUGAUUCAAGAGAGUUCAUCAACAAAUUUAGUGAGCCCUUCUAUAUCCAGUAAUGGAUCAACACCCUUUUAUCAAUAUGAUAUAAAUGCAUUGCUCAUGUGGAAAGGUGCGCCACAAAUGUUUAAGCAUAGUAAGUUGUUGAAAAGCAUUGAUCUUUCGAGCAACCAAAUAAGUGGAGUAAUUCCAAAAGAAAUUGGGGGUUUAGUUGAGCUGAUUUCUUUGAACCUAUCAAGAAACAGCUUGUCUGGAAGAAUUCCCCUUGGCAUUGGUAGGUUAAUGUCAUUGGAAUUUCUUGACUUGUCAAGAAACAACUUAUCUGGAUCAAUCCCUUCUAGCCUGGCUUUAAUUGACCGUCUCACCAUGUUGGAUUUAUCAUAUAACCACCUUUCUGGAAAAAUCCCAAUCAGCACACAGUUGCAGAGUUUUAAUGGCUCAAGCUAUGAGGGAAAUCUUGAUCUCUGUGGAAAACCACUUGAUAAAUCAUGUCAUGAGGAGAACACACCUCAAGAGCCUACUGGGGUCCAAGAAGAUGAGGAUUCAUUCAUAUCUAAAGGAUUUUAUUGGAGUCUGGCAAUCGGAUUUAUAAUAGGAUUCUGGGGUAUUUUUGGCUCAAUACUCUUCAGCCGUUCUUGGAGACACGCCUACUUCAAGUUCUUGAGCAAUGUGACAGACUGGAUUUAUGUCAAGGCAGCCUUGAGAAUAGCAAAAUCCAAGAGGUGACUCGUAAGCUAACCGAAGAAAAUUUCCCUUGAAGGCAUCUACUUUGGGCUUGGUUUUCGAGGUUGGAGAUCUGUCAGGGGACUAGUCUUUGUUGUGUGGGAAAAUGGAAAUAAUUUUCUUGUUCUGUCAAUUAGAAAUUUAUUUAGUCAUUACAGUAUGUGAAACUGCUUUGGAAGUGUAUGAUUAGCUUUUGCGCUGUGUUGUGUUA